AAAAUUGCUUAAGGGGUACUAUGGUCUUUUCAUUAAAACUCUGAUUGUAUAAGUACCAAUCCGGAUUCUCCUCUCCCCAAACGAUUGUUUGUUUUAAUUCUCAUUCCUUAAUAAACAAUCGAUUUGUUCCACAACUCUUUUUGACUCUCUGUCCCUUCAUAGGAAAUCCCAACAGGAUUGCCCACAACACUCUAUUCUCCUCUAGUUUUAUCAAUAACUAGUAAACUCUCUUUUCUGGAACCUAGAAAUGCUGCAAUUCAAGACUUUAAAGAAUAAAAUGUGGAUGUUCUCUUACUGAGAUCGCUUCACAAAGUCCUCUUGUAAAGCAACACCAACCAAAAACCUUUCUCUUCAUCCAUUUAAAUGGAAGUUAUGAACAAACCCACAAAAGGAUCCACCACCAUCACUAUCUUCAUACUCAAUGACAAAGUUGCAGCCCUGAGAUCUCCACUUCCCAAACUCUCUUUUUGGUUUGCCCCAACAACUCGGCCACCUGGUUCAUAAAUCAACAACAAAUUUAACACUUAGAUUGAAAGAAUUACAAAAGGAAAACAUAUAUAUAGUAAUAAAAUUAGUUAUAUUUAGUAACAAACAAGUUAAUGGCUUCUUAUAGUUUCUCAAACAUUUCAUACGGGUCUGAUUAUUCCAGCUUGUUUGACCCUUUUUCCCAUACUGCUGCUGGGUUUAAUGGGACGUUUAAAGGUGGGUCGGUUCCUCACUCUUUGGUGUUGGAUAGUAAGAGAGGUGAGCUUGUGAAGGCCCCAGCAAGAGUUGGGAAAAAAGGGUUGUCUGAGGCUAAGGCUCUUGCGGCUUUAAAGAACCAUAGUGAGGCAGAGAGGAGAAGGAGAGAAAGAAUUAAUGCCCAUCUAGCUACACUUCGUGACUUGGUGCCUUCUAAUGAAAAGAUGGACAAAGCAACAUUACUAGCUGAAGUCAUAAGGCAAGUGAAACAACUGAAGAAAAAUGCUGCAGAAGCAAGCAAAGGAUUGCUUAUUCCUGCAGAUGAUGAUGAAGUCCAAGUUCAACGAUUUGAUGAUGACAAUGGAGCAGGGAAUGGAAAUGUCUUGUUCAAAGCUUGCGUCUGCUGCAGUUAUCGACCAGAGCUUCUCUCUGAUUUAAGGCAAGCUCUUAAGGGCCUUCCCUUGCAAAUGAUCAGGACAGAAAUAUCAACAUUGGGAGACAGGCUAAACAUCUCAUUUGUUUUCGCCUGCUCUAAAGGAAAGAGUAAUGACGCUGAGACAUGCCGAACUCUUGCGAGUUCUGUGCAUGAGACUUUGAACUCUGUUCUGGAUAAGGCUUCUGCUUUGGCUGAGUACUCGCCAAGAACAACGCUCUUAUGCAAACGACGCAGGAUUUCUUACUUAGAUUCCUCAAGCUCAUCCAGCUAAAUCUUACUAGUCACAGAAGUUUAUAUAGAAAUCUAUGUAUAGAUAUUAUAUAUUUUUAUAACUUUGUAAGCUUUAUUUUAAGAAGCUUUUUUCAGUGUCCAACGUUUCAGCUCUAUUUUGUGUAUUUAUUUUGUUGAGGGAAAAUACUUUUGGUGUUCUUAUAGAUGUAUAUUUGUGUUGCUAAAUCAAUAAAUUUUCUUCAAGCC